UUUGGAGAGAGAGAAAAAGAGAGAGUUAAAACUGUUUUGUUUGGCUAUGGAGAUGUAUUCAAAUUCAAAUAAUUCCGAUUUGGUUAUGCUGGACUCAGUUCAGCAAUACUUACUCAACGAGUCAUCAGACCUUCGACUCGCUGCUUCCGCCGAUUUUCCGGCCGUUCCCCUCGUGUUUUGCAGGAGCUCGAGCUUCAGCCGUUUGUAUCCUUGUUUCACUGAAACCUGGGGUGAUCUCCCUCUCAAAGAAGAUGAUUCCGAAGACAUGCUAGUUUUCGGACUCUUACGAGAUGCCCUCACCUUCGGCUGGGCACCGUCCGAUAAUUCUUCCACGAAUUUUCCGACGAUUAAGCCGGAGCCUAAAGAAUUCUCGUCCGAGAUCACAACGGUGAAAAAAGUUGAUACGGCGGCUCCCGCGGUGGUUCCUUCGAAAGGGAAGCAUUACAGGGGCGUUAGGCAAAGGCCGUGGGGGAAGUUCGCAGCUGAGAUUAGGGACCCGGCUAAAAACGGGGCUCGGGUUUGGUUAGGUACUUUCGAGACGGCAGAGGAUGCGGCUUUGGCUUAUGAUAAAGCGGCUUACAGGAUGCGUGGCUCCAGAGCUUUGUUGAAUUUUCCGUUGAGGGUGAAUUCUGGUGAGCCUGAUCCGAUCCGAAUAACGUCUAAGAGAGCAUCGCCGGAGCCGUCUUUGUCGGGAAAAGCGUCGCCGAAAAGGAUGAGAAAGGCAGUUGCAACAGCUCCGGCUGUGGUUCAAGCCGGGUUAGACAUGGGUCAAGUUAGCUCUUUUACACGUGGUGAACAGCUAUUGGUGAGCUAAUGGUGAUGUGGCAUUGGAUCAAACGUCAGCAGUGAGCUUAUGUACAUGAAGUUCAUUCCUUGAUUAAAAAUGUUAGUUUUGGAAUACACCUUUAAGAUUGAAGAGAUUGUUUGGUUUGUAAAUACAAAGGGAUUUUUUUUUUU